UUGUUGACCACUAACACUCACCUCACACUCACCUUCACUCUCCCGGGCGCGUUCUACUCGAUAAUCGACGUUAUGGCUGCGACACCAGCGGAACAAGCCCUCCUCGCGCACGUCGUAGCGCAGAUGGAGUCGAAUAUCGAAUUUCUUGUGCAACAGAACUAUAUAACUGCCAUCGAUGCGUCGGCGAUUCGCGCCAAGCUCCCGAAGACAAAUGGGGCUAUUGCGAGGGCGUCAAGCAGCGGGUCGGUCCCCAUCGCGUCUACGACGUCUACGCGCUCGGUACCGCAGACGCCCACGGCGACCGUCGUAAAGGCGAAAGCAACCUGGGGAUACAACGAGGACGGUUCUGAACCUAAAGACCUGUCCUUCUCCGCGGGGGAGAUCAUCGAAAUCGUCGCCGAGACGAACGAGGACUGGUGGACGGGCAAGCACCGCGGCAAGACCGGCCUCUUCCCGUCCAACUACGUUGUGAAGAUCGCCGAGUCUGCGCUUCCCGCCCGCAACCUGCCGCCCGUGCGCGCCUACUCGGGACCCGCGCCUCCCAUCGUACUCCACGCGCCACCUGCGCCACCUUACGAAUCCGGGCAGGUUGGCGCGCCGAGGGAGAAGGCGCCUUACAAGCCGUUUGGGGCCGCGCUUCAUGGUUCGGACCUCCCGCCCAGCGCCGGAACUCCCCAGACCAACUCGGUAGGGCUGCAGGAGGCGCCAGGCCAGGACAAGAAGAAGAGCAAGUACGGUGCACUCGGGAACACGAUGGCUCACUCGGCCGCAGGCGGUGCCGGGUUUGCGGUCGGCAGCGGACUCGUACGCGCCAUCUUCUGAGCCGUAUCAACCGUAUCGGAACUUCCUCUGGAGCACGACUGUGUUUUGAUCUAUCUGCUGUUUCCUCUUUGUAUAUCCCGGGUUCGUUCUCGGGUCAGGGUGUCACCUGGUAGCCGAUAACGUAUGCGGGUAUCGUGAUCGCUUGGUUCCUAGUCGUUUCAUUGUCGCGGCUCUUUGCUCUCGGAUUAAGCAUUCGAAAACAAGGCAGCUGGUCUUGUUACAUUCGAGUACAUCUUUAUAUGCGCAUUCUCCACUAUGCGGAGCGACGAAAUCAGGAUUCGGCCUCGCCUGACG